AUGGCACAGGAGAGGAUUCUGCAGAAAAUCAUGACUCUCUUAUCUGCCAGCAGCACAGCCACUAUGAACAGCUCUGACACUCGCAUGGCAGGCUGCCUCCUCAUUGGCAUCCCUGGGCUGGAGCAUCUACACAUCUGGCUCUCUGUUCCCUUCUGUACCAUGUAUGUUGCCGCCCUGGCAGGCAAUGGCAUUUUAAUAUGUGUCAUUCUCUCCCAACCAAGCCUGCAUGAGCCCAUGUACAUAUUCCUGUCCAUGUUGGCCAGUGCUGAUGUCUUGCUUUCCACUUCCACAAUGCCCAAAACACUAGCCAACUUCUGGCUAGGUUCUAGCCACAUUUCCUUUGAUGGCUGCCUCACCCAGAUGUUCUUCAUCCACUUCCUCUUUGUGGCUGACUCUGCGGUCCUGCUGGCCAUGGCCUUUGACCGCUAUGUGGCCAUCUGCUAUCCUCUGCAAUAUGCCACCAUCCUCACAAACACGGUCAUUGGGAAGAUCGCUGCUGCCACCCUGACCCGCAGCUUCAUCAUCAUGUUUCCGUCCAUCUUUCUCCUCAAGCGCCUCCACUAUUGCCGGAUCAACAUCAUUGCGCACACAUUUUGUGAGCACAUGGGCAUCGCUCGUCUGUCCUGCUCUGAUAUCUCCAUCAAUGUCUGGUAUGGGUUGGCAGCUGCUCUACUCUCCACUGGUCUGGACAUCAUCCUUAUCACUGUUUCCUACAUUCACAUACUCCGAGCUGUAUUCCACCUCUCCUCUCGAGAUGCCCGGUCCAAGGCCCUGAGCACUUGCGGCUCUCAUGUUUCUGUUAUCCUACUCUUCUAUAUCCCUGCCCUUUUUUCUGUCUUUGCCUAUAGGUUUGGCGGGAGACACAUCCCACGCUAUGUCCACAUCAUUCUGGCUAAUCUCUAUGUGGUCAUCCCACCGAUGCUCAAUCCCAUUAUUUAUGGAGUGAGGACCAAGCCAAUUUUGGAAGGGGCUAAACAGAUGUUUUCAAAUCUUUUCAAGGAAUCUAGCUAA